AUGCUCACCUAUUGCAAAAUGGUUUACUUCAUAUGGAGCGAAGCGCCGGGCGCAAGAUUCUGGGGCCCGGUUGAAAGGUUCGGGGCGAAGAUCAGGGAAGAAGCGUCAGCUACGGAACUGGACAGAUACCGGGAGCUGCCUUUACUGUGUGCGCCUGCGGGCAAGAAAACAGCCCAAAACUUGCGAGACCGCCCUUUUUUUCACGGCGACUUUGGCAAGGGGAAGGUCGUGGCCUUGGACGGGAGGGUGUUCCAGAGGCAAAGUGGCAAGCGAUUCUACAUGCCCCGGCAAUCGCAGAAGAAGUCGACGAGGAGCAAAUGGAGGUCGUCAAAGCUGAAGGAUACAGUUGGCAACGCCCUCGCGGGGGGGCAAGAGAAGGCGACGGCCUUGAACGUGUUUGACGCUGUCGUAGGGAGGGGGUCGUUGACCGAGGAGCAAGUUGUGGACAUUGCGACGAAGAUUGGAGCAUCGACGCCGUUUGGCAUGGCAAAUGCUAACGGAGGGAUACUACGAGGGGCUAAGCAUGCCAACAAAUUCGCAGGCCCGACGAAGUGGCUCCAAGAUUUCAGCUCCGACGCAGUCGCCGACGAGCUUUUCUACACCGCGCGUGCCCACAGCGUGGACCUGCUUGUGUCAAUACAUCAAGGCGUAAGGCAACGGGACUUGGAGGGUGGGAAACAGGGGAUUUUCAAGUACUGCGUGAGCGAGGUGGACUCGAAGCGGCGGAUGAAAGCGGAUCUGCUCUGGAAGGACAGACAAGAUUGGGUAGUGCGCUUUAUCGUUCGACCCAACAUCGACGGACCCAACGUCUCGUCGCAGUACCAAUCAUGGCUUCGUGACAACCAGAAGACGGCUCGAGAUCGUAUCGCCGCGCACCUCGCCAUGGAUAUCCUCGACGACAAGAGGUGGACCGGGGACUGCACGCCCAAGGGAGUUGUGGCGUUUUACGGUGUCGGGGGCGAGGCUGGGUCACCUGAUGCCGCCGACCCCGCGGUCAGCUCCGGGGGGGGCUUACCGGGAGGACCAGCCACAUCACCAGAGGUACCGGUGCAGAUUGACAGCGUCGAAAGUAGCACCGUGUGCUCUGGUGGGGACGGGACCGAUGAGGGCGGAGUACCAACGCUUGCGGAGGACCCUCUUUUCCACUACCGAAGGGGCGUGGGUCGUUCUGUACAACAAGAACAUGGCCCCAACAUCGGUGAGGCCGAGCUGUAUCUCGUCCACUUCAUCGUGUGGGCCAACAAGUAUUGGGGACUGAAUUUCGACCGGCUUGAUGGACACAGGCCGAUGGAUGAUCAUGUUGCUGGCGAUGAGUACGGGGUUCCUCAAGGCCAAUGGAGAGGGGGCGGUUGA